ACUUUGCAAUCUGUCAUCAUUGGAGCAUCUUGAUUUGAGUUGGAUCAACCUUGGUCAAAAUAACAAUUUUGUUAAGGUACUCAACAUGCUUCCUUCUUUAUCAGUGUUGCGUUUGUCAUCGUGUGCACUUAACAACGUUUUCUUUGCCCAAUUCCUGCAUAAAUUCAACAUUCCUUCCACAUGUCCAGUACUUGGAUCUUAGUUCGAACAUCACUUUUGGAGAAACUCCUUGCUUUCUCCAAAAUAUGACUUCACUAAGGUUUGUUGAUCUUUCAUGGAAUCAUUAUGAGUCUUCGCCCUUACAUUUUCUUAGAUUAAGCAAUCUUGUUGAUCUCAACCUUGCAGCAAACAAUCUUGACCAUCCUUCUGUUUGGAUUUCCAAAUUCAUGUCCGGAUGUCUGAGUCAAAACUUACAGAUUCUAAAUUUGGGCUACAACAAAUUUAGUGGUGAGUUACCUAAAGAGUUGGACAAAGUAAAGAAAAUAACAUACUUUGAUGUUAGCGGAUCAAAUAUUAGCGGUCAAAUUCCUGAAUCUCUUGGGAAUUUGUCAUGCUUGAGAGAUAUGUAUAUGUUACGGAACAAGUUAGUUGGCCCCAUCCCAUCAUCCUUUGAAAAUUUGAAGGCAUUGAGAGUGUUGGAUCUUUCUAUCAAUCAAUUAAGGGGCGAAAUUCCAAAUAUUUUGGGACAACUAUCGAAUCUUGAGAGGUUGGACAUUUCAUACAACUUGUUCAACGGACCAAUUUCUGAGGUUCACUUUGCCAAACUCUCGAAAUUAGAAGAGCUCGGUCUAUCCAACAACUUAAUCAAUUUUAAGUUUGGAUACGACUGGGUGCCCCCUUUUCAAUUGAAGUCUCUCAGAAUGUUUUCCUACAUUGGAGGUCAGAUUCCACCAUCGCUUCAAUACCAGAAAGCAUUGAGUCAGCUAGAUUUAUCCAGCUGCAGCAUUUCAGGAUAUCUACCCAAGUGGCUUGGCAACAUGAAUUUGGUGUGGUUGGACCUAUCUAAGAACCAGAUAAAUGGAACUAUCCCAAAGUGGCUUGGCAACAUGGAUUUGGUGGGGUUGGACCUAUCAAAGAACCAUAUUUAUGGAACAAUUCCGAAGCUUCCUUCCAGAUUGAACAGCUUACUUCUUUCAGAGAACAUAAUAAAUCACCUUCCGAGCGACAUUGAUCACCGACUACCUUCUCUAGUAAAUUUGUUCUUGGCCCGUAACUCCAUCAAUGGCUCACUGCCUGAUUCAUUGUGCAAUAUGAGCCGUUUGUGUGUUUUAGAUCUCUCCAAGAAUGGUCUUUCUGGAAAUGUGGCAGAUUGUUGGCAACAUAGUUAUUUAUCAUUUUUAGAUUUGUCAUCCAAUGAGCUUUCAGGCAUAAUUCCGGAAUCCAUUGGAGCUGCUCACUCCUUGACAUGGCUGCGCUUGAACAACAACAGUUUCAUAGGACAGAUUCCCUCCACUUUGCAGAACUGUACCUUUUUAGAAGCGCUGGAUGUUGGAGAAAAUAUGUUGGGGUGAUACCUGAUGCACUUUGUCAAGCCACUCGUCUUCAAAUCCUAGACCAUGGAAACAACAACUUGACUGGGUUUAUCCCGCAUUGUGUUGGAAAUUUCUCAGGCAUGAUUGAAAAGCGUGUUCUACUUUCUUUCUAUGGAGAUCCCUUGCAUCAAGUGUUGAAAGGAAUAGAGAUGGAAUACUCCCAAGGAUUUAUCGGAUGUUGUUAAUUUUGAUCUUUCUUGCAACAAUCUUGUCGGAGAAAUUCCUUCAGAGUUGAUGGUCCUUCGCAACUUACGUGGUCUCAAUUUGUCACAUAAUUCCUUAGGUAGAGAAAUUCCAUCAAAGAUUGGAGACUUGACUUCUCUGGAAUCUCUUGAUCUUUCAAACAACAAUUUGGUCAGGAGAAUCCCCAACAGUCCAUCAAAUUUAUAUUGUUUGAGCCACCUGAACUUGUUCAACAAUAAUCUGUCGGGACCAAUUCCCACUGGAAGUCAACUGCAAACUCUCGAAGAACCUUCAAGUUACGAGGGCAAUCCCCAACUCUGUGGAGCUCCCCUGCCGAAGAGAUGUCCCAGCCAUGAACCACCAAAGGACUCCAAUACUGAAGAUGAUGCUGCAGAUGAUGGGGAUUCAAUGGAUAAACUAUGGUUUUGUGUAUUUGUUGUUGGUGGAUUUGGCAUAGGAUUUUGGGGGUUUGUUGGAUUUUUGGUCUUCAAAAGGAGUUUCAGACAGGCUUACUUUCAUUGUACAGAUGAGAUGGGCAGCAAGAUACUUCUUGCUGGGGCAUUAUUUGCUCAGAGAUUCUCAGUUUCGCAUUGUGGCGCGUGGGCUCUAGCUUGAAGAACGCGAGACUAUCAAUGUUAUUUGUAAUAAAAUUUGUACAUUAAUCUUGAACAGAGAUUCGAUGGAUAUUCAUUAGUGCUGUUAAGUGACACAAGAAUGAGAAGCCAGUCAUAUGCAAGUUGAAUGAGUGAGUACUAAACACAUCAGAAAAUGCUACAUGACACAAGGUGAUGGGCAUACCACAUUGCUGGCUGCUUCAGCUCCAGCAACAUCAAAGUCCAAUUCAAUUUCAAUCUCAAUCAUCGAAGAUAUCUGGAAUUAUUACGGAUAAGAAAAUAAUAAUGUACUCUAGCGUAGCUUUAUUAAGAAUUAUUACUCGAGCAUAGCUUA